GGGCUGCGGCUGGGUUCGCGGCGGCUGCGGCUGCUCUGGAGGCGGCCGGCUCGACAGCUCGCCCGCCGGCGGUCCGCCGCCGCCGUCGCGAGCAGUCGCGAAGCGACAGCGCAGAGCGGGCUGGCGGUGACCAGCUGGAUUUUCGCGACGCCCCCUCCCGCGGCAACGCCAUCCAGGCGGUGGCCGACGGGCGCCCAGGCACGCUGUGCGACGAAGCGAUUGCCCAGAUCGCGCGUGUCAUGGGCCUGCGGGAGGGGGCGGACGGGCAGAGGGUUCGCCCUCGCAUCAGGGGCUACCUCCAGGCCGUGGUGUUCGGCCACCACCCGAUCCACUCGGUCGGGGAGCGGGCGGUGCGCGAGCUCCAGACGCUGGCGGCAGCGAUGGACCUCCUCGAAGACGGGUCGCUGGCGUCGGUCGCGGACACGCUGAUGCAGCGGUUCAAGGCGCUGGAGAUGGCGCUGAACGACGGCAACUGGUACAUCGCCAACGAGCUGGAGGUGGUCGAGGGGAUCCGCCCGACGCUCGCCUCCCGCGACGAGCAGGAGUCGGCGCGGAGGUCGGCGAUGCUGCGGCGGCGGCUGGAGGAGGGCGGAGCCGCGGGCGUGGGGGCGACCCCGCUCGCCGCCGUCGGCCCUUCAUGGCGACGAGGCGUGGCGCUGCCCGCCCUGGAGGAGCUGCGGCGGCCGCGGGCCAGGCUGCCAGCGGGCUGGCGGAUCCCGCAGCCGCUCGCGAGGACGGCCCGCGGGGACAGCCCCCACCCUGGCGCUGCGGCGGCGCCGGGCCGCGCGGCGCUGCUGGGCGCUCCCGAAGUCCGCGCCUUCCGUCAGGACCAGCCAGCAGCGCAGGUCGGCGGAGAGGAGGCGGCGCGCGCGGAGGCAGUGUGGCCAGACGCUGGCGCCACCCUGGCGGAGCUCUUCCGCAGGUGGCAGGAGAAGGCUGGGGCGGCUGCCGAGCCCUUCCGCCGGCCGCUAGAUGCGGGCCCGACCCUCGAGGAGCUGAUGCGGGAGUUUCCAGGGUCGCUUCGGGUCUACGUGGGCAGGUUUAUGCACAGCGGGCAUCGGCCAACUAGACGGGGGCGGCUGCAGCGUGACCUGCUGCCGCUACCCUGUCCUGAUCUCGAAGCUUCGGACUUCACCGUGGAGGAGAAGAUUGACCCAGGCGACCUGACCUCGCUGCAGUCUCGCUUGAGGGUGAUCGUGAUGGCUAUGAAUUGGGAGGCUGGCUACCGUCACCUGAAGUGGGCGGACGUCUGCGGGCUGGAGCCGAACACAGCCCAGCGCUCGGCCCUCCUCGGGAUUGCGCGGCGCAUCUACUCGAGCGUUGCGCCCGAGCCCGCCAUGGCCGAGACCCUCGACUGGUCCGAGAAGCUGAAGGACCGGGCCAUCGCGUACGACGGCUCGGAGAUCUCCACGCCGAGCAAGAUCACGCUGGAGCAGAUCGAGGGCGGCCUGCCGCCUGCGGGGGCAGCCGCCUCCAUCGAGGCCGCGGACCUCGCCACGGGCUUCGUGCGGGCGGCGCUGCUGGACCCCUCCCUGGUCCUCUUGCCGCCGGCUCAGAGGCGCCCUGCGCCGACCUCGACGCGCGUCUGGGCGACGGCGCAGGAGUGGGAGCAGGUGGUGAGUGCCCUGCUUGCACGCGGGAUGGUUGGCCCGAUCGACGAGGACGAGAUCGCAACCAGAGACGGGGUCCCCUUGAUCAACGGGGCCUUCGGCGCGGCGAAGGUGCACGACGCGCCAGUCCGCUGCGGCGAUGGCGAGGAGCGGCCCGUCUUUUGGCUCAUCGUCAACCUGAUCCCCGCGAACGCGUGCCAGCGCGCCAUCGCGGGGGACACCCCCGUCAUGCCGACGAUGGGGCAGCUGAACGGGCUGGUGCUGGCUCCAGGGGAGCAGCUGCUCUGGAGCGGGGCGGACCGCAAGGCGUUCUUCUACGUCUUCAGGGCGCCCCCCGCCUGGUGGCCCUACAUGGCGCUGGGACCGCCGGUGCCUCGGCGGCUGGUGGGCGGCAGCGGCGACGGGCUGACCCGCAUCGCGCUGAGGGUCAUCGGCAUGGGCUGGAUCAGCGCGGUCGGGGUCACGACGCACCUCCACCGCAACAUGCUGAGGCGGUCGGCCCUGGUCCCCCGCGGACUGCCGCCUGCGGCCGAGGUGGUGCGCACCCGCCGCCUGCCUGCGGAGGCCCAGGCAGACGGCAUCGCGAUGUGGUUCAUCUACAUCGACAACCUCGAGAUCGCGGAGAUCGUGUCGAGUGAGGAGGCCGUCAAGUUGAAGGGGGCCAUCCCCGAACUGCUGAGCCGGGCGUCGGCCUGCUACGAGGAGGCUAAGUCUCCGGGAUCGCCGGGGAAGGAUGUCCACCGCGCCCAGCAGGUGUCCACGCUGGGGGACCUCGUGGAUGGCGCGGCUGGCGUGCGGCGGCCGCCGCUGGGCUACGUCACGGAGCUCACGAGCCUGACGUUGUGGUUCCUAGCGAAGAAGCGCCCGAGCAGGCGCCUGGCGCAGAUCCUGCUGGGGCGCUGGGUUCGCGUGCAGUGCUACCGGAGGCCGCUCGCCGCCGCCUUCGUGAAUGCUUGGAAGUGGCUGGCGUCGGGCCGCUCGGGCGGGCUCGUCACUGUGGGCGUCGCCGAGGACCUGCUGAUGGCGGCCGCGCUCGCACCGCUCAGCGUGGCGGACAUGCGGCUGACCGUCGACCACCUCGUGACGGCGUCCGACGCCUCAGAGGCCGCGGGGGCAAUCGUCUACUCCCAGGGGCUGUCGGACAUGGGCCGUGCCCUUGGGGCUAGAGGCCCGCGGGCGCUCAACCCCGCCUGCGAGGAGGGCGUCGCUCUGAUUUCGGUCUUCUCUGGGAUCGACGGGGCGCGCCGGGCCUUCGAGAUCCUGGGCCUGGUCCCCGCGGCGCACCUGUCCUUCGAGGUUGUCGCCGAGGCUGUGCGGGUGGCUCGACGAGCGUACCCCAGCACCGUGCACCUGGGAGACGCCACGGUGCUCGUGAUCGGGGGCUUCCCGUGCCAGGGCUUCACGGUGCUGAACGUGGCCCGUGAGGGGAGCGCGGACCCGAGGUCGCAGCCGGUGGGCCACAUGUGGAGGCUCAUCGAGGGGCUGAGGCGCGAGCUGCCCGAGGCCACGGUGGACUUCCUCGGGGGGAACGCGGCGUCCAUGGCGGAGGGCGAGGUCCUGGCCUUGAACAAGAUGUUCGGCCGGGUGCCGGUGUCCCUCGACGCCGCGGACCUGGGCUGGGUCCGCCGCCCGCGGCUGUACUGGCUGUCGUGGGACCUGCUGCCCUCCUUCGAGAUGACGGCCGAGAUGAAGGCGGCGGCGGAUGGUGCCCGGCCGCGGGCCUGCCGGGUGCGCCUGGUGACGGAGCUGCCGCCUGUCUCGGAGUGGCUGCCGCGCGGGGCCACCUGGCCCGGGGCCGCCGAGGACGGCCGCCUGCCGACCUUCGUGCGCUGGGCGCCUCGGAGCUCGCCUCGGCCGCGGCCCGCGGGGCUCCGCCAGUGCACGGCGAAGGAGGUGGCGCGCUGGACAGCAGCGGGCUACGCAGCCCCGCCCUACCAGUUCCGGGACUGCUUCUGCCUGCACUGGGCGGAUGGGCGCAAGGAGCCGCCGCGGGCAGUGGAGCGCGAGGUGUUGAUGGGGUUCAGGCGGGGCCGCGCCGUGCCCUGCAUGAGCAGCUCCGCCGCCAAGAGCGACCCCGAGCGCUUCGAGGCCCUGCGGCGGUCGCUCGUGGGCAACUCCUUCCAGUGCGAAGUCGUGGCCUGGCUGCUGAGCCACUGGGCGGUGCACCGCGCGCUGCUGGUGGCGGUGCCGUCCCUGCGGAGCCUCCACGAGAGCUCGAGGAGCUGGUCGAUGGGCCGCAAGCUGUGGGCCGGCGACGUGGAGACGCUGCGGUGUGGGCGCGAGGCCGUGUGCGAGGAGAACCUGCACCUGCUGGAGGCGGCUGGCCGCGUGCCUGCGGCUGGUGAUGGGCAGCUGCCGCGGGCCGUCUACGUCGGCCGCGGGUCGCGCCGCUGGGGGCUCGCCCCCUCCAAGUGGGGGAACCCGUACCCUGUGGUGCCGGGGCGGGCGGCCGGCGACGCCGUGGCGCUAUUCGCGGGUUGGUUGCGCUCCCAGCCCAAGCUCCUGGACCAGCUGGGAGAGUUGGAAGGGGCUCGGCUGCUCUGCCACUGCCCCUCGGGCCAGGCCUGCCACGCGCACGUGCUGCUGGCCGAGCUGGAGCAGCGUGGCAAGGGGUGCGCGCGGCCCUUCCUGGAGCACCAGAGGGUGGUGGCCUCGCUGGUGAUGACGUGCCACCACUCGGGCGCUGACCUUCGAGUGGAUACCGAUGCAGAGACGUAUGGCAAGAUGUUCCCACGGCAAGAGAUCGACGCUGGCAUUUGGAAGUGGAAGGUCGCACGCCAGCUCGUUUGGCAGGACCAAGCCAAGCACAUCAAUGCGUUAGAGUGCGAG